AUGUCUCUAAACGAAGAAUCUUCGGCGAAAUGUUUCGGGGGUUUGCAGAAAGUUUUCAGUCAUGACAGUGUCGAGACGAAGUGUCGAAUGCGGUUCUCCGUGUAUCUUCCACCGAAAGUAUUCGAAGAGAAUUUUCAGGAUGGAAAAUUACCGGUGGUUUACUACCUGUCGGGUCUUACGUGUACCGAGGAGAACUUCAUCCAUAAGUCUGGGGUCCAAAAAUACGCUGCCGAACUCGGGCUGAUCAUCAUUGGUCCAGACACGAGUCCUCGUAACGUUGGAGUAUCAGGCGAGAAUGAUUCUUGGGACUUCGGAACUGGCGCAGGAUUUUAUGUGGAUGCGACAGAACCACUAUGGGCAUCAAACUAUCGCAUGUACUCUUAUGUCACGAAAGAGUUACCUGCAAUUAUUGAGAAAAACUUUCCUGCUAGCUCAUCUGCUAGGUCGAUAUUCGGUCACAGUAUGGGGGGCCACGGUGCUCUUAUCUGCGCUUUGAAGAAUCCCGGUCAUUACAAAUCAGUUUCUGCAUUUGCUCCAAUUUGUAAUCCAUCGGAGUGUCCUUGGGGCGUCAAAGCAUUUUCGGGGUACCUUGGGGCCAACAAAGAAUCGUGGAAAGAUUAUGAUGCGACUGCACUGACGAGGGGUUAUUCUGGCGAAAAGAUCAAACUCCUCGUCGACACCGGAACCGCUGACAAAUUUUACCAAGACUGCCAAUUGCUUCCUGAAAAUUUGAAAAAUGCGGUGGAUGGGAAUAGCGAUGCUUUUGAUGCGAAGUUCAGAUUCCACGGUGGAUAUGAUCAUUCUUAUUAUUUUAUUGCAAGCUUCAUCGGGGAGCAUCUUAAAUUCCAUGCUAGUGCAUUGCAAACCGAGAUCGCUUGA